CCUUUUCUUUUUCAGUGGUCUGUGAAAGUGUCGUGUGGCAGUAGAUGCUCAAUUUAAUGUUAAAUUUACUCUAAUUUCUCACUAAUUAUUAGUGAUUUUGCAAUGUCAGAACAUAUACUACCGGCCGAAGAGCCGAUACGAUUCAUAGCUCCAAUAAUACAAGACAAUCCAACAGGAUGGGGACCUGCCGAAAUGCCCGAACAGUUUCGAGACAUGCCUUAUCAACCUUUUAGUAAAGGCGAUCGUUUAGGCAAAAUCAGCGAUUGGACUGUGGUACAAGACAAAAAGUACCAAAAUAAAUAUGCAUCUCAAUUUGGUGCUGGUUCGUCAUAUGCAUACUUUCAUGAUGAAGAUGAAAGUACUUUUCAUUUGGUGGACACGACUCGUAUUCAGAAACCACCUUACCAACGCGGCCGUGCUCGAGGUCAGCGUGGUAGAGGCGCCAGAGGCGCUAGAACGCCUGGUGGAAUGACUACUCUGAACAAGCAACGAGAUCGUAAACUUGGAAAGAGAUGGGGCCAAAGAGGUGCCCCUAUGAAAAUCAGGGAUGCCUCAGUAACUGUUAGACCAACAUGGGUAACCAUUGAGGACAUGGACUUUCCUCGUUUGGCUAAGCUAUCUUUACCUGGCAUCAAAGAAGGUGAAGACAUUGUAUGCUGUGGUACUCUUGAGUACUAUGAUAAAGCUUAUGAUCGUGUAAAUGUAAAACACGAGAAACCCCUGCAGCGCAUUGAUCGUAUUUUCCAUACGGUAACUACUACUGAUGAUCCUGUGAUUCGUCGUCUGAGUAAGACGACAGGCACUGUGUAUGCCACUGAUACUAUCUUGGCCACAAUCAUGUGCUGCACUCGCUCUAACUAUUCUUGGGAUAUUGUCAUUGAAAAGAUUGGUGACAAGCUGUUCUUAGACAAGCGUGACAAUACCGAGUUUGAUUUGCUUACUGUAAACGAGACAUCAGUGGAGCCACCCGCUGACGACGGCAAUUCUAUAAAUUCUCCACGCAACUUGGCCCUCGAAGCCACGUUCAUUAAUCACAACUUCAGCCAGCAGGUGUUGAAGUCUGGAGAGAAAGAACCUAAAUACAAGUUCCCAGAAUCAAACCCGUUUGUGUCUGAGGAAGAGGAAGGCGAAGUGGCAUCUGUUGGAUAUCGUUAUCGCAAGUGGAACCUUAACAAUGGUGUUGUACUAGUUGCACGUUGCGAACACGAUGCAGUAAUGCAAGGGCCACAAGGCGAGACCCAGUUCUUGUCAAUCAAAGCGCUCAAUGAAUGGGACUCGAAACUUGCGAAUGGAGUGGAAUGGCGACAGAAAUUAGACACCCAACGCGGUGCCGUGCUCGCCAACGAGCUGAGGAACAAUUCCUGCAAAUUGGCCAAGUGGACUGUCCAGGCACUUCUCGCCGGAUCGGAUCAGAUCAAGUUCGGUUAUGUAUCCCGUGCUCAAGUACGCGAUAACUCUCGUCACGUGAUCCUCGGCACGCAACAGUUCAAGCCGCACGAGUUCGCGGCACAAAUCAAUUUGUCUAUGGACAACGCUUGGGGCAUCCUGCGCUGCAUCAUAGACAUCUGCAUGAAGCAGAAGGACGGUAAAUAUCUGAUAAUGAAGGAUCCCAACAAGCCCUUGAUCCGUUUAUACGACAUACCGGAUAAUACUUUCGAGUCUGACGCAUCUGAGGAGAGCGGGGAUGAACCCGCGGACACGCCAUUCGUACCAUUGUACUCAUACGGGAACGCCAAGAGAAUUUAGUUUUCAUACGUACUAUUUUUUGUACAAUUUGAUAACGUUGAAAUUAGACAUUGUAAAGAACCAGAUAAGCGUUGAACUGUCAGUAAAUAAUAUAAUCGAUGUGUUUCAUGUUUUUAUUCAGUGGAAUACAAUAUUACCGUCACAUGUUGUGUUUAUUAUUUUCAGCUCCAGUUUUAAUACAAAUAUACAGUAAAAUAUAUUUAAUAGG